CAUGCCCUUUCACCAGUGGCACUUUUCGCCCUCGCCUUCUGCUGCCCUUGGCGACCGCCUCGGAGCUGGAAGUCAUGUCCAUCAUGCGCUGCCUUGCCUUCCUUGCACUGGGCCAAAGUCUAUUUGGGCUUUAUACAGCUUCCGUAGUGGCAGGUUUAAUUGCCCAUCCUGAUGCUCCCACCGCCGUUCACGGCCUGACGGCGAGGAUCCCUCAGUCUUCGGGCGGCCAGGUCCCGUCCGCCGAUGCGUUUUACCGAAGGGCCCACCACAGAGUUGUCGUGCUUGGAGACGCUCUGUACAUUGACGGCGGGGAGGUGUCACAGAUAAUCAACGGAACACAGCCCAAGGACCAAGUUGAGAAGAGCAGUCCCGCGUCGGAAACUCUGUCGAUACCGCUGAAAUCGUCUUGGGAGAUAUCGGAAUUGCGCAUCGAGAGCAUCGAGAAGAGGCUUCCGCCGACGCGAUGGGCCGCCGUCUGGGCGGAGCCCUCUGGCAACUCGUUCUCCGUCUGGGGCGGCUCGACCGUUGCCACCGAACAGAUCUCAUCGAGUCCAGUCAUUGGGACCUUCUCCGCCAACGACAGAAAAUGGGCCGAGGGCCACACCACGGCCGCGAAUGAGGCCGUCGCCGCCGGCAUCCUCAGGUCCGAGAAGAUGGGGUUCGCGAGGGCGGACGGCACUGUAUUCAUGCUGGGCGGCGCGGCGACGAGGUUCACCGACACGCGCGUGCCGUUUGGCCUGAUCCAGGCCACGCCGGGCCUGUACUCGCUCGACCUCGCGACGGGCAGGUGGACCAACGAGUCGGCCGCGGGGGAGGGUUCCUUCUCAAAGACCGGCACCUGGGUCGGCGGCCGGCUGGAGCACGUCCCUGGCUUCGGCGGGCGGCGCGGGGUGCUCGUCGCGCUCGGGGGCGCCGGGCGGCGCCUGGAGCCGACCGGGUAUGGGGCCCAGCCAUCGUCGUUCUAUGGCUUCUCCGAGAUCAAGAUCUACGACAUUGAGCGACGCAGGUGGCACACGCAAACGGCGACGGGCAGCGUGCCGUCCGAGAGGAGCCAGUUUUGCUCCGUGGGCGUGCCGGGACAAGACGGGACUUACGAGAUAUUCGUAUACGGCGGCACCCCCGGCGCGGAAGGCGAACAGGGACAGGCGUUCGACGGCGUCUACGUCUUGAGUCUGCCCGGGUUUUUCUGGUCCCAGGCCACAUCCGGCACGCCCCGUGCCGCGCAUUCCUGCGCCGCAGUCGGGAAGAGGCAAAUGAUCUCGGUCGGCGGCCUGGGCAGGCUCGACGAGAGCCCCGACCACUGGACCACAAAGGACCCCUGGCGCCAGGGGGUGGGCGUGUUCGACAUGACGGAGCUUCAGUGGCGCGGCGGAUACGACGUCAACGCCGCUAAGUACAGAUCGCCACAGGUCGUUGUAGACUGGUACAAGGCAGGGAAUGCCAACAAGAUUGUCUGGGCCUCACCGGCGACGAAGGAUCUCUUUGCCACAGGGAACAACACCAGUUCAAACGGAGGAGGAGGCUCCUCGACAGAUCGAAAAGACGAAACCUCCAAGCCAACUGAUCCCACAGCGACACCAUCAGUCAACAUCGGCCUUGUGGUAGGAGUUGUGGUGGGCAGUGCAGCAUUACUGGGCAUGCUCGCGAUGGCGGUGAUACUCGUGCGGAUGCGAAGACGCCUUGCGAAACCACAGGAGCCGCGCAGCCGCGAACCGUCACCAGAAAGGCGGGCAGAGCUACAGGGGCCGGAAGUCCCUACAGAGACGCCCGACAACCAGAUGGCCGGCAGGCUGUACGAGGCGGACGGCAGCCCCGUACGCGCCGAGCUUCAGGCCUUGGAGGUUCCUGCCGAAAUACCUGGGAACCAGGUUUGGCGGGAAAAGUGGGUGGCUUGACGACUUGGGGCUGGAUAAAGCAGAAUUCUGGUCGAAAGAAAAUUGAAGCAUAAUUUCUCCCAGCUCCCUUGGCUCAGGCCCAAACUAAAGCCUGUCAUAUGUACAAAUCGGCCAUCUCCCUUUGGACUUUUGUCUCGGUGAUGCAACAAAUGGCACCACCAGAGCGAUGAAAACUGCAUUCAUGAGAUGCCCUUGCAAUUGAGUCGUCGUAAC